CUGUUUAUGGAGAACCAGAGUCUUUACCUUUAACUGAGGAAAGCCGUGUUGGUUUGGGAAUUACUAACCCUUAUGGACAAACUAAAUUUAUGGUUGAACGAAUUCUUAUGGAUUUGAAACGAGCUGAACAGGACUGGAAAAUUUCAAUUCUUCGUUACUUCAACCCUAUGCCUUACAUCGCAAAAGUAGCUGUUGGUAAAUUGCCUCAUUUAAAUAUUUUUGGAACAAAUUAUAAUACUCCUGAUGGUACUGGAGUUCGUGAUUAUAUUCACAUUGUUGAUUUGGCUAAGGCUCACGUUUCUGCACUAGAUAAUAUUGGCAAAGAUAUACCAAAAGGGAGUAAUGGAGAAGAAUUGGCAGAAAUUUACAAUUUGGGAACUGGAAAGGGAUAUUCUGUCAAAGAAAUGGUUGCUGCUUUAGAGAAGGCGUCAGGGAAAAAGUUAGCAGUAAAAGAAGUAGAGCCUCGCCCUGGAGAUUUGGCUAUUUUAUAUUGUGAUCCUUCUUUGGCACUCAAAAAACUUGGAUGGAAAGCGGAAUAUGGAAUAGACGAAAUGUGCAGGGACACUUGGAAUUGGUGUGUUAAAAAUCCUGAUGGAUUUGCCAAAAAGGCAGAAUGA